AUCCUCUCUUAUUUUCUUCUUUCCUUCUAUCGCUCUCCGUCAAGUAUCUUGAGAGAUUUCAUUCUCUACUUGUUUUCCAUCUCCCAUUUUCUCAAUUACAGUCUGUAGAGUUUCUGUUGGGAUUUUGCCCUAGAACCCUAGAACCCUAGAACUCAGUUAUCUUCGUUCCAACUUCAAUUCUAUUGCUUUAUCCUUCUAUUCUCUGAUUUUAGUGGCUGUAUUGGUGCUGAGUGAACUAAUCACUUGUAUAAAAUAGCAGAUUAGAUAAUAUGGAUGACAGUCUGUACGACGAGUUCGGGAACUAUAUAGGGCCUGAAAUUGAGUCUGACCAAGAAAGUGAUAGAGAGGAUGAAGAUGGAGAGCUUCCAGAUAGGCAAGACGAUGGGGCUGCGUCAGAUGGCGAUGAUGCAGCAGCGGCUUCCAAUGGGUGGCUAGCUGCAACCUCCAAUGAUGUUGAUAUGGACAAUCAGGUUGUUCUUGCUGAGGACAAAAAGUAUUAUCCUACUGCGGAAGAGGUUUAUGGGGAAGAUGUUGAGACUUUGGUCAUGGACGAAGAUGCACAACCCCUAGAACAGCCCAUUAUCAAGCCUGUUAGGAAUGUCAAGUUUGAGGUUGGCGUCAAGGAUUCUUCCACCUACGUGUCUAACCAAUUCCUUUUGGGUCUCAUGUCAAACCCUUCUCUUGUUCGGAAUGUUGCUCUUGUGGGGCACUUGCAGCACGGAAAGACGAUAUUCAUGGAUAUGUUGGUGGAGCAGACACACCAUAUGUCCACUUUCGAUUCAAAUAGUGAUAAGCACAUGAGGUACACGGAUACAAGGAUUGAUGAGCAAGAGAGAAGGAUAUCUAUUAAAGCAGUUCCUAUGUCCCUUGUACUUGAGGAUAGCAAGUCUAAAUCGUACUUGUGCAACAUCAUGGAUACACCUGGUCAUGUCAAUUUCUCUGAUGAAAUGACUGCUGCCCUCAGGCUUGCUGAUGGUGCUGUCUUAAUUGUGGAUGCCGCUGAAGGAAUGAUGGUAAAUACUGAGAGGGCUAUACGUCAUGCAAUCCAAGAUCGCCUACCAAUUGUGGUUGUAAUCAACAAGGUUGACAGGUUGAUAACAGAACUUAAAUUGCCCCCAAGGGAUGCUUACUUCAAGCUAAGGCAUACUUUGGAAGUCAUUAAUAACCACAUAACUGCUGCCUCUUCAACUGCUGGCAAUGUGCAAAUUAUUGAUCCUUUGGCAGGAAAUGUUUGCUUUGCAAGUGCUACCGCAGGAUGGUCAUUCACGUUGCAAUCAUUUGCAAAGCUAUAUAUUAAACUUCAUGGUGUCGACCUUGAUGCAGAUAAGCUUGCUUCUCGUCUCUGGGGAGAUAUGUACUAUCAUAGGGGUGACAGGACUUUCAGGAGAAAACCCCCUGUUGAUGGAGGAGAAAGAUCAUUUGUCGAGUUUGUGCUUGAACCCCUGUAUAAAAUUUAUAGCCAGGUAAUUGGAGAACAUAAAAAGAGUGUGGAGGCAACUCUUGCAGAAUUUGGUGUCACCCUUAGCAAUGCAGCUUAUAAAUUGAAUGUUAGACCUCUGCUGAGGUUGGCUUGUAGCUCAGUUUUCGGAUCUGCCUCAGGCUUCACUGAUAUGCUGGUUCAACAUAUUCCUUCCCCUAAAGAUGCCGCAACUAGGAAAGUUGACCACAUAUAUACGGGACCAAAAGACUCUUUGAUUUACAAGGCCAUGAAAAAUUGUGAACCUGAUGGUCCUUUAAUGGUCAAUGUAACCAAAUUGUAUCCCAAGUCCGACUGUAGUGUGUUUGAUGCAUUUGGUAGAGUUUAUAGUGGCAAGAUUCAGACAGGGCAGACUGUACGCGUAUUGGGAGAAGGCUAUUCACCAGAGGAUGAGGAAGACAUGACAGUCAAAGAGGUGACAAAAUUAUGGCUUUAUCAAGCUCGAGAUAGGAUACCCAUAGCUGAGGCUCCUCCUGGUACUUGGGUUCUUAUUGAAGGUGUAGAUGCUUCUAUUAUGAAAACUGCCACCCUCUGUAAUGAGUAUUAUGAUGAGGAUGCUUACAUAUUCCGUCCUCUUCAGUUCAAUACGUUGCCAGUUGUGAAGACGGCAACUGAGCCUCUAAAUCCAAGUGAGUUGCCAAAAAUGGUGGAGGGUCUUAGAAAGAUCAGCAAGAGUUAUCCACUUGCAAUCACUAAAGUUGAGGAGUCUGGGGAGCACACAAUCUUAGGUACAGGAGAACUGUAUUUGGAUUCAAUAAUGAAGGACCUUAGAGAGCUCUAUUCUGAAGUAGAAGUUAAGGUUGCGGAUCCUGUUGUUUCGUUUUGUGAAACAGUGGUGGAGUCCUCAUCAAUGAAAUGUUUUGCUGAAACACCCAACAAGAAGAAUAAAAUAACUAUGAUUGCAGAGCCGUUGGAAAGAGGACUUGCGGAGGACAUUGAGAAUGGUGUUGUAAGCAUUGAUUGGUCUCGGAAGGAUAUAGGCAAUUUCUUCCAGACUAGAUAUGAGUGGGAUGUUCUUGCUGCACGGUCCAUAUGGGCAUUUGGCCCUGAUAAGCAGGGACCUAACAUUCUAUUAGACGAUACACUUUCAACUGAAGUUGACAAAAGCUUGCUGAAUGCUGUGAAGGAUUCAAUUGUUCAAGGGUUUCAGUGGGGUGCUCGAGAAGGACCCCUUUGUGAUGAACCCAUCAGAAAUGUGAAGUUCAAAAUAGUGGAUGCAAGGAUUGCACAAGAGCCAUUGCAUCGUGGAUCUGGUCAGAUCAUUCCCACAUCUCGUCGUGUGGCCUAUUCAUCAUUCUUAAUGGCAACCCCGCGGCUUAUGGAGCCAGUAUAUUAUGUGGAGAUACAAACACCAAUCGACUGUAUUUCUGCUAUCUACACUGUUCUAUCUCGCAGGCGUGGACAUGUUACGGCUGAUGUUCCUCAACCUGGGACCCCUGCUUAUAUUGUUAAGGCAUUUUUACCAGUUAUUGAAUCUUUCGGGUUUGAAACGGACUUGAGGUACCACACCCAAGGGCAGGCAUUUUGCCUAUCAGUCUUUGAUCACUGGGCUAUAGUUCCGGGGGAUCCUCUUGACAAGAGUAUCGUUCUGCGACCCCUGGAACCUGCCCCAAUUCAACACCUAGCCCGCGAAUUCAUGGUGAAAACCAGACGCAGGAAGGGAAUGAGUGAGGAUGUGAGCAUCAACAAAUUUUUCGAUGAGGCCAUGAUGGUGGAACUGGCUCAGCAAGCAGCGGAUCUUCAUCAGCAAAUGAUAUGAUGGCGGCGGCUUCAUAGUAUCCAAAGUUUAGGGAGGAGAUUGUAGGCAAAUUUAGUAUGUGAUGAAAACCGGUAGAAGUAUUGUGAUGUUGAGCUUAGAAUUGGAAUCCACGUGACAAAAACGAAAUGGAAAUAGGUGGAUGCUAGAGUAAUAUUUUUCUGUUGUAACUUUCGGGUGUCCUACUGUGACUGUUGUAUCCAAAUAAUUUUUGGUAUCCUUCUUAUAAUUCCAUACAGAAACCAAAAAACCAGUAACAAUA